AUGUGCGGCGGUGCUUGCGGGGAGAUUAAAGCGAUGUUAUCGCAUGGCAAGAGACUGAUCAACCCUCUCGUCGCGGCGCAGAACUUCGAGUAUAAAAUGAGUAACAUCCUCGAUAAACCCCUCGAGUCUGCCUUCGGCUUCAUCUCCGUGCUACCCGGCGCGUUCUCCGCAUACCGUUAUGUCGCGCUACAGAACGACAAGAAUGGCCAGGGCCCGCUGGAAAAAUACUUCGCUGGUGAGAAGAUGCACGGUGCCAACGCGGGCAUAUUCACGGCAAACAUGUACCUGGCCGAGGACCGGAUAUUGUGCUUUGAGCUCGUUGCGAAGCGGAAUUGCCAAUGGUUGUUGCAGUAUGUGAAAUCAUCGACGGGGGAGACAGAUGUGCCUGAUCGGAUGGCGGAGUUUAUAUUGCAGAGACGGCGGUGGUUGAAUGGUAGUUUCUUCGCGGCGGUGUAUGCGAUUACGCAUUUUUAUCAGAUCUUUAGGAGUCGGCAUAGUUUUACGAGGAAGUUUAUGUUUAUAAUUGAGUUUGUUUAUCAGACUAUUAAUAUGCUUUUUGCGUGGUUUGCUAUCGGCAAUUUCUUCCUCGUCUUCCACAUCCUCACCAAAUCCCUCAGCGCCGCCAAUCUCCUCGGUCAAGUCGGGCGUGUCCUCGGCGUCAUCUUCGAAUGGCUCUACCUAGUCACCCUCGCCACCUCCUUCAUCCUCGCGCUGGGUAAUAGACCGCAGGGCUCCAACAAAUUCUACAUGACGAUGGUCUAUUUCUGGAUCGGGAUAAUGAUAUACCUCACGUUCGCGGCGAUAUAUAUCACGGUGAAAUCGAUUCAGGCGGAGACGGCAGAUAAUGAUUUUAGUUUUCGGUCUAUAUUUCAGAACCAUCAGUUCUUUUCGAUGAUUGUUUCGUUGAUGUCAACUUACGUGCAUACCGUGUUUCCCAACCAGCAGAAAAAACCACACGCUCCCCGUUACGUUCAACAGCAACGGGACGGAGUAGCCGGGCGUCCGCAGAAGAUCCGCCACAGUCUGCAGCAACGGUAUGAGACUCCGCUGCGGCCAGUAACAGCUGGAGCCGGAAGCAUCCUCGGUUCCUUCUUGCUGCGGUGGUGCCCUGCGCUGAUUCCGCGCAUUGAAAUCGACGGCGGCACGGCGGAUGAAGGGGGUGGUGAAACCCCACGCGACGCCCACGAGGAGGAAGCUGAGGAUGUAGUUCAGGAGGCUUGGGGGGCUGUCUACGAUACGACGGUCCAUUGCUGA